UAAUUGGCUUAGACAGCCUUGCUUCAUUCCUUUCUCAGAGCCUGGCAAAAGAUCAUCCUGAACAAAAUCAGAGGGAAAGAAAAGACAUUAAAGCAGUGGCUCUCUCAGGGAGACUAGGGGAAUCCUAGAAGCCACAAGCCAGAGAGCUGGAAGCUGAUGUGAAUCUUUUCGGGAACAAAUUAUUAAACAGGAGUUGACGUGCUCCCCCUGUUGUGUGGCCAUUCGGAACCGGAAGUUGGUAGCCGGGAGUGGAAUCUUUAUAAUAAAGAAGAACUUUCCCACCAGCACAUGAUUUGGGACUUCCACUUUGUGACAUGGAGGAGUCUUCAGUGACAGUUGGCACAAUAGACGUUUCUUAUCUGCCCAGUUCAUCAGAGUACAGCCUUGGCCGAUGUAAACACACACAUGAGGAUUGGGUUGACUGUGGGUUCAAACCGACCUUCUUCAGAUCCGCAACACUAAAAUGGAAGGAGAGCCUCAUGAGCCGGAAGAGGCCCUUCGUGGGAAGGUGCUGUUAUUCAUGCACGCCUCAGAGCUGGGAAAGGUUUUUCAACCCCAGUAUCCCAUCUCUAGGUUUGCGGAAUGUUAUUUAUAUCAAUGAAACUCACACAAGGCACCGAGGAUGGCUGGCAAGACGUCUUUCUUACAUCCUUUUUGUCCAGGAGCGAGAUGUCCAUAAGGGCAUGUUUGCCACCAGUAUUACUGACAAUGUACUGAACAGCAACAGAGUCCAAGAGGCAAUUGCUGAAGUGGCUGCAGAGUUGAACCCGGAUGGAUCUGCCCAACAGCAGUCCAAAGCCAUCCAGAAAGUGAAGAGGAAAGCCAGGAAGAUCCUUCAGGAAAUGGUUGCUACCGUUUCCCCAGGGAUGAUCAGGCUGACUGGCUGGGUGUUACUAAAGCUCUUCAACAGCUUCUUCUGGAACAUUCAGAUUCACAAGGGUCAGCUGGAGAUGGUGAAAGCUGCAGCUGAGACGAACCUGCCACUCUUGUUUCUGCCGGUGCACAGAUCCCACAUUGACUACCUGCUGCUCACCUUCAUCCUCUUUUGCCACAAUAUCAAAGCGCCAUACAUCGCCUCAGGCAACAAUCUCAACAUCCCCAUCUUCAGUACCUUGAUUCACAAGCUUGGGGGCUUUUUCAUAAGACGGAGGCUUGAUGAAACCCCAGACGGACGCAAAGACAUUCUGUACAGAGCAUUGCUCCAUGGGCACAUAGUUGAACUCCUCCGACAGCAGCAGUUCCUGGAGAUCUUCCUGGAAGGCACCCGCUCCCGCAGUGGCAAGACCUCCUGUGCCCGGGCAGGGCUCCUGUCAGUGGUAGUGGAUACUCUGUCGUCCAACACCAUCCCUGAUAUACUUGUCAUACCCGUGGGCAUCUCGUACGAUCGGAUAAUCGAAGGACACUACAAUGGUGAACAGUUGGGCAAGCCCAAGAAGAACGAGAGCCUCUGGAGUGUGGCACGGGGAGUUGUCAGAAUGCUGCGGAAAAACUACGGCUACGUCCGAGUGGACUUUGCACAGCCGUUUUCCUUGAAGGAAUAUUUAGAAGGCCAAUGUCAGAAACCUGUGUCUGCCCCGCUCUCUCUAGAGCAAGCACUGUUACCAGCAAUCCUUCCUUCAAGACCUAGUGACGCUGUUGCUGAACGUGAAGACACACCCACUCUUGAGCCCAGAAACCCAGCCGACGAGGCCUUCCGCAGAAGGCUGAUUGCAAACCUGGCCGAGCACAUUCUCUUCACCGCCAGCAAGUCCUGCGCUAUCAUGUCCACCCACAUUGUGGCCUGUCUGCUCCUCUACAGACACAGGCAGGGAAUCAACCUGUCUACGCUGGUGGAAGACUUCUUUGUGAUGAAGGAGGAAGUCCUAGCUCGAGAUUUUGACCUAGGCUUCUCCGGGAAUUCAGAGGACGUCGUCAUGCAUGCCAUUCAGCUUCUGGGGAACUGUGUCACAAUCACCCACACGAGCAGGAAAGAUGAGUUUUUUAUCACUCCCAGCACGACUGUGCCAUCAGUCUUUGAACUCAACUUCUACAGCAAUGGCGUACUUCAUGUCUUCAUCAUGGAAGCCAUCAUAGCUUGCAGCAUUUAUGCAGUCCUGAAUAAGAGGGGCUCCGGAGGAUCUGCUGGGGGAUCUGCUGGAGGCCUCAGCAACCUGGUCAGCCAGGAGCAGCUGGUGCGGAAGGCCGCCAGCUUGUGCUACCUUCUCUCUAACGAAGGUACCAUUUCUCUGCCCUGCCAGACUUUUUACCAAGUUUGUCAUGAGACAGUAGGGAAGUUCAUCCAGUACGGCAUUCUCACGGUGGCGGAGCAAGAUGACCAGGAAGAUGUCAGUCCCAGCCUUGCAGAGCAGCAGUGGGACAAGAAGCUUCCAGAACCUCUGAACUGGAGAAGUGACGAGGAAGAUGAAGACAGUGACUUUGGUGAGGAGCAGCGAGAUUGCUAUCUGAAGGUGAGCCAGUCCAAGGAGCACCAGCAAUUCAUCACUUUUCUUCAGAGGCUACUGGGACCCCUGCUAGAAGCCUACAGCUCUGCUGCCAUCUUUGUCCACAACUUCAGGGGCCCAGUUCCCGAGUCUGAGUACCUGCAGAGGCUGCACAGGUACCUUAUCACCAGGACAGAAAGGAACGUCGCGGUGUAUGCUGAGAGUGCCACGUACUGUCUUGUGAAGAACGCUGUGAAAAUGUUUAAGGACAUCGGGGUUUUCAAAGAGACCAAGCAAAAGCGAGUGUCUGUUUUAGACCUGAGCAGUACUUUCCUACCUCAGUGCAACCGGCAGAAACUCCUAGAGUAUAUUCUGAGUUUCGUGGUGCUGUAGGGAUCUCGGCACCUGUCUCGAGUGAGGAGCUGAUGAGUCCCUUGCAGACUCCAGUCGACCCAGAGUGGCAGGUGUCCUGGCGUGGUCCGGCCUGCCCUACCCCGAGGGGACUUCCAGGAAGACAUGUGCCUUCUGCCCCCGUGGACCUGCACUUCUCCAACACAGACGCAGUGGCCUGCGCAGAGCACUUGGGGCCAGUGCAUCUGCGAUUCAUGAUCACUAGGUUACUAGGUGAAGUCUCAGUAAGGUGUUUUGGAGUUUAUUAAAGGUUCACAUUUUAAGUUUAACUUUUCAGGCUAGUUACUGUGAUGGACACUGAGGUGUUUGUAGAACUGACUCUUAUAGUAAGUAAUAAUGUUUCCUUUAAAAUAAUUGGGUCAUCCAUUCUCUGUCUCCAUUAUUGCUGUCAACAGAAGUUAUGGUUUGUAUGUGAGCCCUUUCCUCUCAAGUGCUUUACUAAGGAGCAGUGUUGUCCUGGACUGGCAGACUCAGACUCGAGAUAUAUCUGAAUAGCUGCCUGAAAGCAGACGAUACUGUGGUCAGGAGGUGAGAGGCUGUGAGGAAGCGAGUCUGCUUGGCAAGGGCGAGCUGUGCUUGGCCCGGAAAGCGGCUUUAAAGACUUUGCUCACGUGACAAGAGUGCCAUUGAGCUGUCCUGAGCAGUGUUUAGAGUCCCUUCUGCUGGUACCUGUGCCUUCCUUGCCCUUAGAGUGACAGGCACCUGCUGCUUUUGAGAGGAGCUCGGCUGCAGCGACUGCUGGCUUUGGCACUCUGGCUGCACUGCUGAUCUAGGGGUUCCAGACACUGCUCACGCCACCGGGUGCUGCGGCCCCAUGUGGAUGGCUAGUCACCACAUGGCGUGCUAUGCAGCCUGUGUGGCAUGCACAGUGACCCUCUUGAGUGGCAGGUGGCUGGCAGCAUAGACUUUUAUUUGGGCUACAUACCCAAACUCCAUUGCCACGUAAAGCGAGUAAUUAUGAAAAAAUUUCUGUUAUAGUGGGUAGGUGCCUUUUUGUGAGCAGAGAGCAUAAUUGUUAGUUAUUGUGGUCGUUAUGGCAGUUUCUCAGUGAUCACGUGACAAUACAGUCUCUGUCUACUGUCCGUGUCUAUGAUUUUAUGGAAUUAUGAAUUCUUCUGAUGAGUGUUGUAUAGACGAUUUGAAUUUAUAAAAGUAUUAGGGCUGAGGUUUGUACUUUCCCGAACGUGAAUUUCAAACACUAGUUGUAUCCUAUGAGUGACGUGUGUGUUGGGGAGGUGGGGUCCCACCUGGCAUUACACAGUGCAUGGCAUGGCUGGUCUGGAGCUCAUAGCAAUAAUGCUGCGCUGUGGUGCCCUCCACCCUUGCCUGUGCAUGCCACCACCUCCUGCUCCUUUGCAUCCCUUCUCUGUCAACUGUAGCGACUGCCUUCAGUGUGGAGUAGAUGUUCACCUCCAGCCUCUGUUUCACUAACUGGCUGACACCUCCCUUGGCUGUCGCGGAGAGGCAGGGCUACUCCCUUGGGUUUACCUCGGCUGGGGGCUCAAGCAUCUUGUUGGUCUCUGUUCCCUUUUACCCUAUAAAUGGAAACUGAAGGUGGCUCCCUCUGACCUGUCAGUGCGUGUUGCCUCCGCCCUGCCUGUCUGCUCCCAGCUUGUGGAGAGAUGUGCGGAGACUGCCAUCCCUGUCCCUUGUCCCUGGCUGUGCUCGCCCUAGGUGUUACUUUAAGGACUGCAGUUUCCUUGCUCUUGCCUGACAAUGAACUCACUGUGAGGAUAGGCACGCUUUCGCUUUCCUAAUUAACUGGUGCUUUGAAACCUUUCUUAAGGAAGAAAACUUGGAACCAAAGUUUCGCUCUUCCGACAAGCUGACCUUGAGUUAAUAUUAGCACAACUCAUUCUUCAGUGCCUCAUUAUGAAAGAAAGAGCACCACAGUAAGGCUUCAGGUGGCCCGUUCCAUCAUCCCCUCGUAGAAACAUCCCCUCGCUUCCCAGCAGCGGGCGGCUUCCUCAGAUGGUUAAACAAUCUAGGUGCUUGUCUAUAAUUUAUUACAGUUUACUCUACUGCAUUUCUGUCAAAUUGAAAUGCAUGCCCUUCAGGGGAAGACUGUGAGUCAAGCUUAAUAAAUAAAAACCUAAUAGUAAGCAAUAUGAAGCUGCACUCUGCUUUUAAGCGAGGCUAAGCCAAGUAAGCCAGAGGGGGAGGGGUAUUUGCUCUCCAAAUCCUAAGGAAAAUGAAGGCAAACACAAGUGUUAUGUCAGUUCAGUCAGGAACAUGCUCUACCCUUCUUGACUCUGUUAAACCUUGGAAGUCAAGAGGCGGAGUGCAGAAAGUAUGGCUGGGAUGGCAGGGAUGGAAGCUUGGACAGGAGUUCCUGUCCCACAGUGUUCUUGUCAAGCGAUGCCCUGAGAUGGGGCUCCCUGGGAACACACAGCGUCUGCCCUGGGGUGCAGAAAGGAUUGCAUCUGACAGGACACAGACCCGCUGCACAUAGCAUUUCCCAAGCGUUUGGACCUCAGGACCUCUUCCCCUCUGGGACACUGCAUGCCCUGGAAGAUGUUUUCAGAAACUACAUUAGCCACUCUGAGCAGACCAAAAGUCACGAGAGUGGCAGGCAGACCCCUGCACGCUUUUGUAUUGCUCCCAGUGCCCCGCGUGCUUGGGUCUCUUUCCUCACUGGAAAGUAUAAGCACAGGAGACGGGCUGCAGCGCCUUCCUUGUGGAAGUCCCACCGGCAACCCCAGCCUUUUUAAAAGUGAGAGUAGCAGAAUUAAUAGAGAAAUUAAUUGGGGUAAAUAAUAAAGGUUUUAAUUCAGAUCUGGAAAACCUCUGCACAGCUGAGUGCAGAUUUUUAUCCAUAGAUGACUGUAGUGUUUUGAAAUGAUAGGUCCUAUCUUUGGAGUUUCUAAAACUUACUAUGGGAUGUAAAUCUGUUUUUUAAAAACACUUUUUAGAGGCUUGAGAGCUGCCACCUGGCAUUUAGUUUAGUAUGACCAGUGACUGCUUCAAGAGAAUUUCCACCUUGCUUCCCAACAGCUAAAGGGCUAACUGUCUUUAUGGAAGGCAUUUGUUACAGUAUUUGCCCAUUGUACAAAGCAAUGCUAGAUUGGUGUAAAAAGAAUUACUACUGUAAAAUAGCACUGUAUGAUUUUGUGAGUGACACUGCCUUGGAAAUGUUGACUGAUUUUUAUGCCUGAUGAUAGUACAUCCUGAGAAGCAUGGAAAUGGAGUUUUGUUUUAAUAAACCAGAAAAAAAAAAGA